AUGUUGAGCACGCAGCAUGAUGCUCGCCCGGUGACGAGAAGAAAGAGCUUCGAUGCUACAUCAACAUUCAAACCAGGAAGGAAUCUUGCCACCGCAGUCGACGACUACCAGCCGAUUGAGCCAUCAGGCUACUCUCGUCUACAAAAUUCCAUCUUGCCAUCCUUGCAAGAUGCCAAUAACCGCCCAAGAAACUACGAGCUGAGGGCGUUCGACCCCUCUUCGCCCCUCGUUGUGCCAGAAGACGAUCCUACCCCCGAGAGACAGCGUGUGAAUAUAUACGGCAUCCCUGGAAGUGCAGAGGAAAUGAUUCCUCUCUUUGACGCCUGCAUUCGUGUAGGCAAGAUUGAUCGUGCCGUCGCCAUCCUCAAGCGGCUGACCCUACCUGCGUUUGACCACUUUCCAAGAGAAGAUCUCGCCGUACUGCACACCCGCUAUCUUCGCGCAUCUCUCGAUCAACUGCGCCUGCACCCAGAUCGCGCACAGGCGGAGGCCCUCCAAACGUGGUAUGAGUUGUAUAUCAGAAAGAAAGGCUAUCCGCAGACCGCCGAGACAAUCGCGUGCAUGCUCAAGUCCUCUUUGCUCUCCGAGCGCGACCCCGAAAGGCUCAGCCGCCUCAUUCAUCGUUACAUGGGAAUGGUCCCCGGCGAAGCAGGCCUCGAGGUCUUGUCAAUGGCUGAAAUCCUGACCGAUCAGGACCUCGCCGCAAUCACUGCAAUCUGCCCGACAUACAAUCUAUCGUCAGACGACACGACGAUCCCAGAGCCCAAUGAGCUCGCAGCUCCUCGGGAGGAGCAUUUCAGCACUGUUUCUGACCAGGUGCCCGAGGUCUUGUCCACGCCACAAAAGGGCUUUGGGUUGAAGUCGCUGAAGCAAACCCUGAGCCUCUUCGACGAACUCCCUCAAUCCUGCGAUAUUUCUACGUUGCCGAUUCGAGAACGCAAGGAGAUCCAAGCCCGACUUGAGCGAGAUUGCGUUGAAGCUGCAAUCGCGCGAUGGCGAGAGGAGAACGAGUCGUUGAACAAGAUGGGCCUGAACACCGCCAUUUCCCAUUCAUCCUUGAACUCCCGACUGUAUGACUGGCAGACUGCAUUGGAGGCUCGCUUGACGGACGAGAUGGCCAAGAUUGAUGCCUCCGAAGCUGUUGCGAAGAAGACCCCUGAGGACUACGACCGAUGCUUAUACGGUCCCUUCAUGCGACUGUCAACCCCCAGUCGCCUCUCUGCAUUAACGAUUCUCAGUGCUUUGAGUACUGUGGCUCUUACGGGCAUCGACAAGGGUAUCCCGGUAGCAGGAGUAAUCUCAAGUCUCAGCAAGUUCGUCGAGGAAGAUAUUCAAGUUCAACUAGCAAAUGACAAGUCGAAAUCGAAGUCGAAAUCGAAGCGGCGACGUGUGGUGCUUGCCGAAUCCGCCAAAAACUCCAACAAAACGCCAAGCCCCAAGAAUGAGGCCGAGCCUCUCCUGGGCAAUGACUCGGCCAGAGACAAGAGAUUGGUUGAGGCUCCGUGGCCGGUCGCAGUGAAGGUGAAGUUGGGUGCUAUGCUCCUCACGGCGCUCCUCGAGACAGCCAAGAUCAAGGUCGUUCAGGAGCAGCCCGUCACCCAGACGUUGAUUCAUCAAUACCAACCCGCCUUCUCUCACGCUCUCCGGUUGAAGCGAGGAAAGAAGAUCGGCAUGAUUCUACUGAACAAGACGCUGGUCACCAUUAUGAAGUCAGAGCCACGAGGAGAUUACCUGGCUAAGCACCUCCCGAUGGUGGUACCCCCCGAGCCUUGGACAGAUUUCAACAAGGGAGGUUUCCUCGAGAGCUCCUCGGCUGUUGUUCGUGUCAAACAGGGCGACAAGGAACAAAAGCUGUAUGCCGAAGCAGCUAUCACGCGAGGCGACAUGGACCAGGUUUUCAAAGGCCUGGAUAUUCUGGGCAAGACCGCAUGGAGAAUCAACACCCCAGUUUUCAACGUGAUGCUUGAGGCGUGGAACACUGGGAAAGCCUUUGCCAACUUCCCCGAACUAUCUCCCGACAUCGCGUACCCACCUGAACCAGAGCUCAGCGACGAUCCUAUGGCGCGCCGAAAUUGGAUCCGAACCGUGAAAGCAAUCGAAAACAAGAAAGGCGCUCUUCACUCGCAGCGAUGCUUCAUGAACUUCCAGUUGGAAAUCGCCCGGGCCUUCAGGAACCAGAGUUUCUACUUUCCGCACAACGUUGACUUCCGAGGUCGCGCCUACCCCCUGCCUACAUACCUCAACCACAUGGGUGCCGAUCACGUUCGUGGCCUUCUGCGUUUCGCCAAGGGCAAGGAGCUUGGUGAACGGGGCCUUCAAUGGCUCAAGGUUCACUUGGCCAACGUCUAUGGGUUCGACAAGGCAAGUCUCAAGGACAGAGAGUCUUUCGCGAUGGAAAACUUGGUCAACAUUUUUGAUUCGGCAAACAACCCCUUGACCGGCAACAUGUGGUGGCUGAAGGCCGAGGACCCCUGGCAAUGUCUUGCGACAUGCUACGAGCUCAAAGCGGCUCUCGAGUCACCGGAGCCAACCAAAUACGUAUCUCACCUGCCUGUUCACCAGGACGGUACCUGCAACGGUCUCCAGCAUUACGCUGCCCUUGGUGGUGAUACUUGGGGUGCUGAGCAAGUGAACCUCGCGCCCAGCGACAAACCUGCUGAUGUUUAUUCCGCCGUUGCCAACAUCGUCAAGGAUCACAUUGCGAAGGACGUCGAAGUCAAGCACCCCAUCGCCAUGGGUCUUAACGGCAAGAUUACGAGAAAGGUCGUCAAACAGACAGUCAUGACAAAUGUUUACGGUGUCACCUUUGCCGGAGCCAGGAAGCAAAUCUGCAAGCAGCUCGAUGCCCUGUAUCCGGAACUCCGAGAAGAGACUGGCGUCAAUAACCUCACCAGUGCUACCUACAUCGCCGGUCUUGUUUUCAAGGCACUUUCAACCAUGUUCAAGGGUGCACACGAUAUCCAGUACUGGCUCGGCGAAAUCGGUGGCCGCGUCUGCAAGGCUGUCACCCCUGAACAGAUAGAGCUCAUCUCUCAGGAUGGCCUAUCUGAAGCCUCCAAGGUUUCCAGAAGCGAUAUGCUGUCACAAUUCCGCGCGACUAUCGUCUGGACAACACCGCUACGAAUGCCGGUUGCUCAGCCGUACCGUAAGCACGGGACUCGCAUCAUUCACACUGCCCUUCAAGACAUGUCCUUCACCGUCCCCGAAAGAUCAGAUCCCGUCCACGCCAAGAAGCAACUUCAGGCUUUCCCUCCGAACUUCAUCCAUUCUCUCGACGCUACACACAUGCUUCUUUCCGCUCUCGAGUGCAACGAACUUGGUCUCGACUUUGCCGCCGUUCAUGACUCUUUCUGGACACAUGCUGCAGAUGUUGACUCCAUGAACCGUGUGCUCAGGGAUGCCUUUAUCAGAAUUCACGAAGAGGACGUCGUUGGCCGUCUCGCUACCGAGUUCGAAGCCCGCUACGGAGGCUCUCUGUACAUGGCACAAGUAAAGCCAGGCCCUGUUCACAAGAAAAUUUCCGAAUUCCGGAUAGCAAACAGAUGGGGCUUGAAGGAGGAGAUGCUCCGAGAGCGUGAGAGACAGACUCUUCUCAACUCUUCCGAUCCCGAGGAGGUGGCCAAGGGCAAGGCGAUGGUGACUCCCGCCAGCAUUUUCGAAGAGAUGGCUGACGAAGAGGAUGUUGUAACGGAGGCCCAAGAGCUGGCAGGGUUCGGUCUUGGGGAGAUUUCUGAAGUGAAAGCCGAUGACCUGGAGGACGCUUCCGACGAAGGAGCCGUUGACAGCGAGGAGGCUGGUGCCGGCGAUGUCGAUGGAUCGACCCCCUCGGUGGGCGAUCGUAUCUUGACGGCGAUGCUCGAGAAGAAGGACGAUAAUGUGUCCUACUUCCAGGACGUGUUGAACAAAAAGCAACCCAAGAAACGAGGCCAGCUCCCCACCCAGAUCUGGAUGCCUCUGAAGUUUCCCCCCGUCCCAGCGAAGGGCGACUUCAACGUCCAGUCGCUCAAGAACAGCGAGUACUUCUUCUCAUGA